GCCGGAGCAAUGUCCUGGGUCCCCACGGAGGACCGUACCCAUAAUACAUAUAAGCGCGACGAUGGACGAUCGAAAGAGGGAUGGGAUCGCGGUGACCAGGUCGGCGUGUCACACUUGUCGAAACAUCCCUCGAGGACCGGUUCAGCAUUGCCCAACAUGUCUUCCAACAAGAUCGAGGAGACCCAACUGGACUCGCCAACCAACGAGAAGAAGAUCGAAAUCUACGAGAAUGAAUACGCUCAACAGGUCCCCUCGGUCGGCUUUGACCCGCUCAACGUCGAUACCAAGGGGAUGACCGAGACGCAACUGAUGCAAGUCCGAUCGGCCGCGUUCGCUGCUGCUGUCGCGCAAGACCCUCUCAACCCGAGGUCUAAAGCGUCGUUCUUGCUAUACUUUUGCGUUUUCGUUACCUUCCUCGGAUCAUGUGCCAACGGGUACGACGGUUCCUUGUUCUCGGGUAUCUCUCCGAUGACCCAGUACCGUGAUCACUUCAAAGUCGAAACGACAGGAGAAGACGUUUCCAAGAUUUUCUCCAUGUAUGGUGUGGGAUCCAUGAUCGGUGCGCUCUUUGCCGGUCCCGUCAGCGACAAAUACGGUAGGCGUAUGGGGAUGUUCGUCGGAGGUUUCUUCAUCGUGGUCGGCAUGGUCAUUGUCUCCUGCGCCAACUCGAUCGGGCAGUUGGUUGGAGGACGUUUCGUCUUGGGUUUCGGUAUCGCUAUCAUGACUGUCGGAGCUCCCGCUUACUGCGUCGAGAUCGCGCCCGCUCAAUGGCGUGGUCGAUUUGUCGGACUGUACAACAACGGAUGGAACGGAGGUGCCAUUCCGGCCGCCAUUGUCUGCUACGCUUGCAACAACAUCAAGAGCAACUGGGCUUGGCGUAUCCCCAUGAUCGGACAGGGAUCCUACUCUAUCGCCGUCAUGGUCCUGGUCUGGUUCCUUCCCGAGUCGCCUCGAUGGUUGCUUGCCAACGGUCGACGAGAGGAGGCGCUCGCUUUCCUCGUCAAAUACCAUGGAAACGGAAACCCCAACUCUGCCCUGGUCAAGCUCGAGAUGCAAGAGAUGGAGGAGGCGCUUGCGGAAAGUACUGGCAGUGACAAGCGGUGGUGGGACUACCGAGGUCUGUUCAUGACCAAGAACUCGCGAUACCGAAUGCUCUCGGUCCUGUUGAUCUCGGUAUUCGGUCAAUUCAGUGGUAACGGAUUGGGAUACUUCCAAAACGUCAUUUACGAAAACUUGGGUUACACCGACGUCAAGACUCAACUCGCGCUCAACUUGGGUGGUUCGUUCUUGGGUGCCGUCUGUGGAGUAACGGGAGCCCUCUUUGCCGACAAGAUGCCUCGAGUCAAGGUCUUGACGAUCGGUACCUUCUUCCUCUCGGUCUUCCUGGCCAUCAACGGAGGACUGUCCGAAUUGAUCGCUCAACAACCCAAGGAUGCAGAUGGUAAAUUCAUCAACCCCAACAACAAGCUCGGUCAGGGAGCUCUUGCGGCCAACUACCUGUUCAGCGUCGUCUACAGUUUCACCUACACCCCUCUUCAAGGAGUCUACCCCGCCGAAAACUUGACCAGCUCGACCCGUGCCAAGGGAUUGGCCGCCUCGGGUAUCAUCGUCAGCCUUUUCGGAUUCAUCAACACCUACGCCGGACCUAUCGCGCUCGAGAGGAUGAAGAACCGAUACAUCUUCGUCUUUGUCGUCUGGGAUCUCAUCGAGACGGCGAUCUGGUGGUUCUGUGGUGUGGAGACUGUUGGAAGGACCAUCGAAGAGUUGGACGAGAUUUACAACCAGAACUACCCGCCGUUCGCCUCCCGAAAGAAGGUCACUGUCGCCAAGACCAGCGAGGACACGAUCGUCCAGGUCGCAGAGUAAUUCAACUUACUCUCCACAUGCCGCUGGAGAUGCGCAGGUCCGAGCAUUCGCUCCUUGCGCGCUUCUCGUUUCGAGCGCAACAGCGUGUUCGUAUCCUUUGUAAUUUAGCUUUGUUAGGAUUGAUGUAUAGGAAGUCCGAGAUAAACGUAUACUGUGAAGGAUUGUAACAGGCAUUCCCAAUAUUGGAUAUACGAAUGAUGGGUC